GCGGGUUGAUAAGAUAGAACGCCGAGGUAAGCCGCCCUACUUUUGCCCUUUCUCGUUUGAGGGUUAGGGUUCUCGAUAUCGGUUGUAUUAAUACUACAUUUCAUCCGAUUGAUCUCUCUGUGUGCAGUCCGCCUCUCUAUCCGGUGGUCUUCGAGCCGUUGUGAGAACAAAUGGCGGUUCCAUUGCUCACGAAGAGGAUCGUGAAGAAGCGCGUCAAGAAGUUCAAGAGGCCCCAGAGCGACCGCAAGAUCUGCGUGAAGACAAAUUGGCGUAGACCUAAGGGUAUUGAUAGCCGUGUAAGAAGAAAGUUUAAAGGAUGUAUCUUAAUGCCAAAUAUUGGGUAUGGUUCCGACAAGAAGACACGCCACUACCUGCCAAAUGGAUUUAAGAAAUUUGUGGUUCACAAUGUUGCUGAGUUGGAGUUGCUCAUGAUGCACAACAGGACUUAUUGUGCUGAAAUUGCUCACAACAUCUCGACAAAGAAGCGCAAGCAUAUUGUUGAGCGUGCCGCACAGCUUGACAUUGUUGUCACCAACAAGUUAGCAAGGUUGCGUAGUCAGGAGGACGAGUGAGCUAAUUGUCAUUUGUUGCCUGGGAAGUCUACAUCAUCAUGCGGUUCAAAGUUCAGUUUUCUUUAAUUAGCACAUUGUGAUUUGUCAAUUUCUUAGUAGACAAAUUGUUUGAGAUACCCUGUUGUGUUGCUUGAAAACUAGUUUUGAUAACAAGAGUUUGGUUAUUUGCACCUUAUAAUGGUUAGUCAACAUUCACAUAA